ACCUUCCUUUACAUCAUUUUCGAGGCUUAUUAAAUCAAGGCUUGCUCGAACAAGUGAAUUAGACAUUUUAAUAAUCACUUAAAAAAAUUAUCAAAACAAUAAAUAAAUAUUAAAUACCAUAUUUUAAUGCCAAAUGUCAACAACAUGUGAUGUUGGCGUAAUAUCUCUAUGGAUGUUUGCAUCCACAACAGUGAUGGUUGUUAGAGUAUAAUCUAUUUUUUUUACAUAAAUAAUAUAUACAUUAAUUAUGCUGAGAAUUCUACGAAAAUCUACAAAAAGGUUUAAUAAUGGACGAAAAAAUGUCAGUACAUGGUCUCCCUUGGCGAUGGCCUUUAAUUCAGGAUUUUCAGAGUUUUAUGAAACUAAUUUAUCGCGAAAAACAGUUGGACUUUUUGGAAUUCCUGAGCUGCAAACAGCUGAUGGAUUUCAUAAGCUCAAAGAUCAGGCUAUUCUUGAUACAGAUAAUUUAAUUGCUGAAGCAACAAGUUCUUCAAGAAAAAGAAAAAUGGUCCAAAUUUUUGAUGAUUUAUCAGAUGCACUUUGUAAAGUAGCUGACUUGGCAGAAUUCGUUAGGAUGGCUCAUCCUGACAAAAAGUUUGCUGAGGCAGCUGAAGAUUCUUGUAUAGCAGUAAGUGGACUUGUUGAAAAAUUAAAUACUCACCGAUUAUUGUAUAAUACGUUGUCAGAUGUUGUAAAGAACGGAGAUUGCGUAAAAACAACAGACAUUGACAAUCACGUGUCUGAAUUAUUUUUAUUUGAUUUCGAACAAUGUGGCAUUCAUUUACCCGAAAAUUUACGUCAAAGAGUUGUAAUUAUGAAUGAUACUAUAUUACAAGUGGGCCAAAAAUUUAUGGCAGGAACGGUGACACCAAGAAUCGUGAAAAGUGACUUAUUGCCUGAACACAUAAGACAAUUUUUUAUUCAUGAAGGCGAUCAUAUUGUAGUCCAUGGUCUUUAUUCAGAAUCAACCAAUGCAUUAGCUCGAGAAGCAGCUUAUAAGAUAUUUUUAUACCCAGAUGAACAUCAAGAAAGUUUAUUAAAAGAGUUACUUGAUACACGACAUUCUUUAGCAGAAAUUUGUGGCUUUCAAUCUUACGCUCACAGAGCUAUAAAAGGAAGUACUGUUGAAACACCUGAGGCAGUAUGUAAUUUCUUAAAUAUUUUGAAUAGUGAAUUGAAAAAACGAGCACAAAAAGAUUUCGAUGUCAUGCAAGAAAUGAAGAAAGCAGAGUCUUCAGUCCAGCAAGAUUUGAUGCCUUGGGAUACAUCAUAUUUCACUUCCCAAGUAAAAAAAGUUUGGCUUGGAACAUCUAAUACUGAACUUACUCCUUAUUUUUCUCUUGGAACAUGUAUGGAUGGUUUAAAUAUUCUUACCCAAUCAUUAUAUGGAGUUAAAUUAGAAGCUGAACCAGUCCUUCCUGGAGAAGUUUGGGCUCCGAAUAUUCAAAAGCUUGCAGUAGUUUGUGAGACUGAAGGAACUCUAGGAUAUAUUUACUGUGAUUUUUUCGAGAGAGAAGGGAAGCCUAAUCAAGACUGUCAUUUUACAAUUAGAGGAGGAAGACUGUUAUCUGAUGGAUCUUAUCAAAAUCCAGUAGUAGUUUUAAUGCUCUCUUUACCAGUACCACGAUGGUCUAGUCCAUGUCUUUUAAAUCCCAUGUGUGUCGAUAAUUUAUUCCAUGAAAUGGGACAUGCUUUACAUUCAAUGCUAGGUAGAACUCAAUACCAACAUGUUACAGGUACAAGAUGUAGUGCAGAUUUUGCUGAGGUACCUAGUAUUUUUAUGGAAUACUUUGCCAGUGAUCCUAGAGUUGUCAAACUUUUUGCUAAACAUUAUCAGACUCAAGAACCUCUAUCAGAAAAGUUACUAGACAAACUUUGUGCUUCAAAAAGUGUUUUCCCAGCAUCUGAGUUACAAACUCAAGUAUUUUAUAGUAUGUUGGAUCAAGUUUAUCAUUCGAAAAAAUUGGAAACAUCAACUACCCAAGUUUUAGCUGAUAUUCAAAAAAAUUAUUACAAUCUUCCAUACGUCAAUAACACAGCUUGGCAACUCAGAUUUUCUCAUUUAGUAGGAUAUGGUGCGAAGUAUUACUCUUAUUUAAUUUCACGAGCUAUUGCUUCGUGGAUAUGGCAAACAUAUUUUCAAAAAGAUCCCUUCAGUCGAUCAUCUGGAGAAAAAUAUAGGAGAGAAUGUCUAGCUCAUGGAGGUGGAAAGCCAUCAUCCAAAGUCGUAUCUGAUUUUUUAAAUCAAGAAGCUAAUGGCGAAAAUUUUGCGAAAUCUCUACUCACAGAAAUUGAUGCAAAAGAUGAACAUGUUCAGAGUAUUAUUCAGGCUAAAAAAUGAAUUUUUCUGUACAAUAUUCUUGAAAUUGUAAUAUUUAACAAACAGUAAAUUGCAUAAAUAAUUUCGUAAAAUGAGUAUUAAUCAUUUUCGUUGUAUUUUUAUUAC